ACAAAAUUUUGUGGAAUUUCAAGGGAAUUUUAUCAACGAUAAAUUGCCGAUAAAAAUUACUAUUGCGCGUCGCGAUAAAAAUACCUCAACAAGAAGGUGGUAGCCCUGAAAUUCAAUCGAACAAAAUUAUUUUUCUGUCAGCAACGUUUGCGGUACGAGCGCACAAUUGUAAAAUUAACCAAAUACUCCCAAAAAUAUUUAAAAAAGCAAAAUAAAAUAUGGACCAAAAGAAGCCAACCGCCAAAGUGCAUCCGCUGUAUCCGAAGUGCGAGAAGGCCAGAGAGACCGGAGUCCUUGAUCUUAAAUUGAGCGAACUGACUACAAUUCCUCAGGCUGUUUUUAACUUUAUGUCCCAUGCUGAGGCUAAGGUUAAGGAGUGCGAUAUCAGUGGAAAUAUGUUGAGUUACUUACAACGUCAAUUGGUCAUAAAAUUUCAGUAUCUUACAACUCUCAAUUUGUCCCACAAUGUACUGUCGACACUACCAGUGGAGAUUGGCAAUCUGCAAGGCUUGGAGAAUCUAGAUAUAUCAUGCAACUUGUUUAAUACAUUACCCGAUGCCGCCUUCAAGUUGCCGCACUUGACAUUUUUUUAUGCUCAGGGCAACCUAAUUUCUGAAUUCAACUUGACCCAGCCCGUAAAAAGCGACCGCUUGGAUCUGGUUGACCUGCGCUUCAAUCCGCUGAGUCACCACUUUCGUCGCAAGCUUAUGCGGAUGAAUACGCCCUUCCGUUUGGUGCUUAACAUCUCGGAUAUGAAAUCGUACGACUACGAACUCAACGACGACGACGACGAUGGGGAUGUUUCAAUUUAAAUUGAGCAUAAGAACUGAGGAACUAACAAACAAAUGAUAAGUAAAAACAACAUAAGGAAACACAAUUAAAGGCGUUCUCCAAAAACAAUGAAGAAGUGUCAUUUGAUUUAAUUUAUGUUGUUUAUGAUGUUUAUGAUGUUAAUGUUGAUGUUAAUGAUGAUGAUAAUUAAAAGAUAAGGCUGACCUUUAUUGGCAAACAGUGCCAAAAUGAUCAAAGGGAAAACAA